ACAGGGAGUACCUGAAGGUGUUUGACAACGUGCCGUUUAUGCCCGGUGCUGAGCGCCUUGUGCGGCACCUACACCGACACGGCAUACCCAUAGCCAUCGCCACGAGUAGUAAAAAGCAUACGUUUGAUAUGAAAACCAAGGACUUGAAGGAUGUGUUCAAACUGUUUCACCACAUAUUGAUCUGUUCGGACGACCCCGAGAUUACCAGAGGAAAGCCCGACCCCCAGUCCUAUCAGGUAUGUGUGGCUCGGUUUGACUUGAAACCCAAAUCCAUGUCCAAUGUGUUGGUCUUCGAGGACGCACCGGCCGGCGUGAGGGCCGGCAUAUCGGCGGGCUGUCAGGUGGUGUGGGUGCCGGCCAAGGAUCUGUCCCUGGAUUUGGCUAAACCUACGAUUACAUUGAACUCAUUGCUUGAAUUCAAACCCGAAUUGUUUGGUUUACCCGCGUUUGACACAUAAUGUUAGCUAUUGUUAUGUAUUAGGCGUUAAUUAUAUAGAGAUAUGAAAAGUAUAUUAUUUUCUCAUAUUAUGC